CACGUCACGGCAGCAGACACUCCACUCUGCGCACUUUGCUACACGCCAACCUUGUCGGGAAUUAUUACCUUUUUUUUUUUUUGACGUAAACGCCAGCAGCAGUAGGAGACCUGCUUCCUGUCACCUGUGCAAACAUGGCUGAGGUGGAGGCCGUGGUCGUGGCAGAGAAGGAGGCCGAGGUGAACGGUGUGGGACGUGGCGACCAAGACAUGGCGGAGAAGGAGGCCGAGGUGAACGGUGUGGGACGUGGCGACCAAGACAAGGUCUGCAAAGAGAAGAGCAAAAGAAGGAAAGCUGCUAAAAGCGUGCAGGAGGAGGAGGACGUGCGAGCUGACACUGACCUGCAGGACGAUAUUUCUGAUUUGAUGCUGAAAAAAGAGAAACUGAUGCGGUCCAGGAAGCCGGUGGCCAGAAGCUACGUGCCCAACCUGAACAAAGAGAAGGGCGACGUGACCAACAAGUUUGCCAGCAUGCAGAAGGCCCGAGAGGAGCGCAGCAGGCAGAGGAACCAUGACCAGCAGCAGAAGAGGAAGGACCAAUACGUCAAGGAGAGGGAGUGGAGCCGCAGGAAGCAGCAGAUGAAAGAACUUCUGGCUUCCAGCGAUGAGGAGGAAGAGGUGAAGACCAAGGCCAAGGUGGAGAAGUCCUACGUGCCCAAGAUCACAGGCAGUGUGAAGGGCAAGUUUGCUGAAAUGGAGAAGCAGCGUCAGGAGGGCGAGAAGAAGAAGAUGGAGGGCGAGAGGAAGAGGAGGGAAGCCCAGGACAACAUGGAGAAGGACAAAAUCACACGGGAGUUGGCCAAGAAGGCGGUGGAGGAAGGAGACGACACCUUCCUGGUCAGGGUGGUUCCUACCAAGUCGUCACGAGCUCCGGGCAAAAUCAAAGUGAACUUUGAAGACAUGGAGAAGAGUCGAGAGGAGGAGCUGCAGAAGGCGGCGGAGGACGAGAAGAAGCGGCGAUACGAUGAAAACAAGCGCUCCUUCAGGGAAGCCAAGCGGCGCUCGAUUGUCCCGGAGGAGGACCAGGACAAGCCGGCAGAGAGGACCCAGGCCACGCCCGGGAAGCUGAAGAUGACCUUUGAGGAGCUGGAGCGGGAAAGGCAGGAGCAGAGGAAGAAGAAAGGCGAGGAGGAAGCCAAGCGCCGCCUGCAGCAGGAGAAGAAAGCUUUUGAGGAGGCCCGACUAGGAUUGGACCAGGACCAGGACCAGGAAGACGGCCUGCAGUCACACGCUCAGGACGACAAGGAGGACUUCCGACCUGGAAAACUGCGGCUGAGCUUUGAAGAAGUGGAGAGGCAAAGGGUGGAGGAGGAGCGCAAGAAGGCGGAGGAGGAGGCCAAGAGACGGAUGGAGGAGGAGAGAAGAGCUUUUGCCCAAGCCAGGAAGAGCAUGCUUGUGGACGAGGACGACGAGGUCCUGAUGGCCUUACUCAACCUGGAGGGCAGCGAGCCCGGGAAGAUCUGCGCCAGCUUUGAGGAUCUGGAGCGUCAGAGGAGAGAAGAGGAGCAGAAGAAGGCAGAGGAGGAGGCCAAGAAGAGACUGGAGGAGGAGAAGAAGCUCUUUGCCGAGGCUCGUAAAAGCAUGGUGUUUGAUGACGACGGCGUGCUGGUGAAGACCGAGUCGCAGGAGGCGCUGCACCCGAGGAAACUGGAGAUGAACUUUGAGGAGCUGCUGAAGGAGAAGGAGGAAGCAGAAAGGAGGCGCAAGUCGGAGGAGCGCAAACAGAAACUGGAGCAGGAGAAGCAGGAGUUUGAACAACUCAGACAAGAAAUGGGCGAGGACGAAAUUAAUGAAAGCUCCAACGUUGUGAACCCGGAGUACGAAGAGUUGACCAAGCUCAAGAGGACGGGCUCCAUCCAGGCCAAGAACCUCAAGUCCAAGUUUGAGAAGAUCAAGCAGCUGACCGACGAGGACAUCCAGAAGAAGAUCGAGAUGGAGAGAGCUCGCAGGAAGGCCGUCGAUGACGAAAUCCAAGAGAGAGAAGCUGAGCGCUUCCAGGAGGAGGAUGAAGAAAGUCAGCUGACCUCUGCCAAGGCUGAGGAGUCUCCAUUCAAACAGAAGGUGGACAUGAAAGCCAGGUUUGAACAAAUGGCCAAAGCCAGAGAAGAUGAGGAGAGGAGGAGGAUAGAGGAACAGAAGCUACAAAGAAUGCAGUUUGAGCAACAAGAGAUUGACGCCGCGCUGGAAAAGAAAAAGGACGACAACGUACAGGAAGAGGCGAGCAUCAUCAAUGGCUCCUACGAGGACGAUGAAGAACAUGCCAGAUCGGGCGCCCCGUGGUUUAAAAAACCUCUGAAAAACCAAUCGGUGGUGGACUCGGAGCCCGUCCGCUUCGCCGUCAAGAUCACAGGGGAGCCCAAACCGGAGGUGACCUGGUGGUUUGAGGGAGAGAUGCUCCAGGACUGUGAAGACUAUCAGUACAUCGAAAGGGGAGAGACGUACUGCCUCUACCUGCCAGAGACCUUCCCGGAAGACGAGGGCGAGUACAUGUGCAAGGCCGUGAACAGCCGAGGCACGGCGGCGAGCACCUGCAUCCUCACCAUAGAAAGUAAGACCACGCUGGUGUGACUGCAUGCCCGCAUGAACAAGACCCAAGUGGACCGCAUGCUCCUCUUCUCCAUGAACCGAGCGACGGGUGUGGGUAACCCCUCUCUUUCUGUUUUGCAGCUUAUGACUACUGAUGCUCUUCCACCCGCUGGAAACAGUUGUCUCGCACUCCUUUUGUAAAAUCUCCUUUGUCCCCCUUAGUCUGGUAAAUGGAAGGCUCGGCAUUCCUCGGGGAGGAAUACCACAUGACGCAAAAAUGUUUACCUGUUGAUAAUCCAUUUAGUACUGGAAAUGACCUGUGCCAAAGUAUCAAGUCCGUAGUCUCCUGGGGUUGCCAUGCUACUAGAGCCUGUUUAAGUCUAACAAACAUACACAUUAGAGAUGUCCGAU